AUGAGGGGACUCGGAUGGAGCAACUGGGGGGGAGCUUGUGGGACGCAGUGGCCUUCUCUCCCCCCUCCUUUUUUUUUCCUCUCCUCUCCAUCUUUACCGACACCCGACAGAAACCGCUCAAUGUGCUCCACAGACCUUAACCUAUACGGACGACCAACCACAGACAGCACCCAGCAAAUCUUGAGAUACGAUAAACGCCCAUAUCAUUCCAACGACCUCCCCUACCAACUCACCUAUAAACAUUACCAUAGACAGCUACGAUACCCACCACUACACAAAAGUAAGAUCCCCGCUCAAAUCAUCAACAUGGACACCAAGAUGAAUCCAGGGUAA